AAAAGUUGAUAAAAACAAACGGCUUACGUGCGUUCGAGGUUUUGCCUGUCAAUCGGACUACUGAAACUGCAACCGCGUUACAGCUGAUUCGUGUCGUUUCACUUGCCUUAUCUCACGCUCCCUCACUCUCCACUUUCUUCCAUGGCCGAACUACAGCCGCCUGACGCCUCCAUCACCGCCGUUGCUCUCCCUUCCGUUGCCACUACAACGACAACCACCACCCCGACAACAUCUAUAGCUCCACCACCACCUCCCCCAUCCGAUAAUAACCCUCCAACCAACAACAACAACCUUAAUAACAACAACAGCAACCCCAGUUUGGCUCCUAAACGCCAACGCCGACCUAGUGUUCGAUUAGGCGAGAUCGGUGACUCACCUUCUGAAACUCACUUCCGUCGUGCCCCCACCAAAACCUGGCGUUAUCACAAGGAUCCCACUCUCGCUGCUAAAACUUCUAAAACCCGCCCUUUAACUAACCUCGUUAACGGUGGUGCCACCGAUAAUAAUUAUGACGAGGACAACAGCAAUUACAAUCUUGAUUUGGGAAAUCGCAAGUCCAAAUCAAGAAAACCCACCAAGAGAGUGAGGACAAAUUGGCAUUCCUCCACGUCAGCUAAGUUUGAGACGCCUAAUGGAGGAGAAGACAACUUUUUCGAUAACAACGAUAACGAAGAGUUUAGGGAAUUCGAGCCUGAGGGGUCUGAAAGCCCAGUGAAGGAGCACAGUCCAGUUAACUCUAUGGAACAUAUGGGGCUUCAGUAUUGGGAUAGGAGAGGAAUUAGGACUAGAGUUUCCGAGAGUAGAGAUGACCUUAACAAUGGUGGAGUUCAUAACGAAAUGAAUUCUGGGGAUAAAAGUAUUGGAGUAAGGGAUUGGUUGAUUGGUUUGGGGUUAGGGAGAUAUGCUCCUGUUUUCGAGAUACAUGAGGUUGAUGAUGAGGUUUUGCCUAUGUUGACUUUAGAGGAUCUUAAGGAUAUGGGGAUUAAUGCUGUUGGUUCCAGGCGAAAAAUGUUUAGUGCCAUACUAAAGCUGCGAAAAGGGUUUUCGUGAGUUUAGCAUUUAAUGGUUUUUUGAAUGUAUGUUUAGCUUUUAUUUUCUACUGACUUUCCUUUUUGCCGCUUUACAUGGAUAAUUACAUUUCCAAGGGGUAUUAGUUUUGCAGCUA